GUGGAGCAGCCCCCAGCUAUAUAAGCCUGGACCUAGGUGUCCUAGUCACCCUGCAGGUCCAGACCCUAUCCCUGGAGACCUCUGAGCACUCUGCUAGAUCAGCAGCCGGCCCAGCAAUGGCAGAAAAAGCCCUUUCCGAGACCAUUGCCUCUGGCCCAAAGGAGACAGCAUCUGAAUCUGCCAAGGUGCCCGCCACAGGGCCUUCUGGAGAAGGGGCGGCAUCAGAGUCCACUGGGGAAGGGCAGGCUUCGGAGCCCCAGGAGCCUCAGGCAUCUGUCCCCACUCCCCCCACAGCCUCUGCAACUCCCGCAGCUUCUAUAGCCACUAAGCCUGCACCUCCAAGUGAAGAUGUCCCCAGCUCCCCGCAGCUGCUGACCAUCGUGGAUGUGAGCCACAACUCCGUGACUGUAAGCUGGGAACCCCCUGAGAAGCUGGGAAGACUGGGGCUCCAGGGCUAUGUGCUGGAGUUGCGCCGAGAGGGAGCCUCCGAGUGGGUGCCUGUGAACCCCCGGCCUAUGAUGGUGACCCAACAGACAAUACGGAACCUGGCUCUGGGAGAGAAGUUCCUCCUGCGAGUGGCCGCAGUGAGCUCUGCUGGGGCUGGCCCGGCGGCCGUGCUGGACCAGCCUGUCCACAUCCAAGAGAUCAUUGAGGCCCCCAAGAUCCGUGUCCCCCGUCACCUUCGUCAGACCUACAUCCGCCGGGUGGGAGAGUCCGUCAACCUGCAAAUCCCCUUCCAGGGAAAGCCCAAGCCUCAAGCCUCAUGGACCCACAAUGGCCAGGCCCUGGACAGCCAGCGAGUGAGUGUGCGCAGCGGGGACCAGGACUCCAUCCUUUUCAUUCGCUCGGCCCAGCGCUCUGACUCGGGCAGCUAUGAGCUCACUGUGCGGCUGGAAGGCCUGGAGGCCAAGGCCAUCAUUGAUAUCCUGGUGAUUGAGAAGCCAGGACCCCCCAAGAGCAUCCGGAUACUGGACGUCUGGGGAUGUAAUGCUGCCCUCGAGUGGACCCCACCCCAGGAUACAGGCAACACAGAGCUCCUGGGCUACACAGUGCAGAAGGCAGACAAAAAGACAGGGCAAUGGUUCACAGUGCUGGAGCGCUACCAUCCCACCACCUGCACCAUCUCUGACCUCAUCAUUGGCAACUCGUACUCCUUCCGGGUCUUCUCAGAAAACCUGUGCGGCCUCAGUGACUCGGCCACCACCACCAAGGAGCUUGCGCACAUCCAGAAGGCAGAUAUUGCUGCCAAACCUAAAGGGUUUAUUGAGCGAGACUUCUCAGAAGCGCCCUCCUUUACCCAGCCCCUGGCUGACCACACCUCCACCCCUGGCUACAGCACCCAGCUAUUCUGUAGCGUCAGAGCAUCACCCAAGCCCAAGAUCAUCUGGAUGAAAAACAACAUGGACAUCAAAGGUGACCCCAAGUACCGUGCCCUUUCUGAGCAAGGAGUCUGCACUCUGGAGAUCCGGAAACCCAGUCCCUUUGAUUCUGGGGUCUACACCUGCAAGGCCAUCAAUGUGCUGGGAGAGGCAUCUGUGGAUUGCCGGCUGGAGGUCAAAGCCUCCGCCACACACUGAGGAGUGCUGCGAAGAGGCUGGGACGAGGAGACAGGUCCUAGAAGCAGCAGUGAUGUUGUCCCUUGGACAGUCCGGGCCUACCACCGAGGGCUGGUGCGACAUGGUAGCCCAGAAGAUAGGAAGUUACCCUCCAGGCCCCUUGGAAGCGCCCUGCAAAGAGGGCUCGGUGCUGCCCCCUGGUGGAUGCUUUAAGCCCGUGGCUACAGAACUACACUCCAGGGUCUGGAGGCCCCGCUGGGAAUCCAAGGGCUGGUGGGGAAUAAAGCAAAUGUGAGAAAUGA